GUGUCUUAGGCAAUCUUCCUCCUCAAUGCGCGCCGAGUUCACAGUCGAGGCGAACAAGUACGGCCUCGUCUGGGAGGUUGUUCCUCUUCUUCCCAUCUGCGCGCCCUGUGUGCAUCUUAUGAUACCAUCCUUUUCUAUCUCUUGAUCCUUCUUCCCUCUCUCUUCCUUCUUCCUGUCCUUCCUCUACCUCACCGCGUGCGCUCUCCGUCUUCUCUCUGUGUUGAGUUUUGCCCCAUCUGAUUGAUGAUUGAUUGCUUCCUUGAUUCAUCGCAUCGAUUGGCUGAUCGUGUGAUCAAUCAAUUCAUCGGCUUCUUGAUCGAUAAAUCGAUUGAUUGGUUGCUUUGACUGCUAUGUGCAAUCACUCGGUUGAUUGGUAGUCUAGUCGCUGCUUAGUUGAUGCUAGUCGCUUCUUAGUUGAUCGACACACUUCGGCGUGCACUGAUUGAUUGGCCGUGCACUGAUUGGACUUCUUCUGCUGCAAGAUAGUUCAAUCGCUUGAUUGAUUAGCCAUUGCUUCGAAGAUGAACCCUUAUGCGGACUUGGAUCGGCAGUUGGACCAGUUGCUGGAAUGCAAACCCUUACCCGAAAUGCAAGUGAAACAGCUCUGCGAGAAGGCGAAGGAGGUGUUGUUGGAGGAGGCGAAUGUGCAGCCCGUUAGUUGCCCUGUCACGGUGUGUGGUGAUAUUCAUGGUCAAUUUCACGACUUGAUAGAGCUGUUCCGCAUUGGGGGCAAGGCGCCGGACACUAAUUACCUAUUUCUCGGCGACUACGUAG